ACACACACACACACACACACACACACACACACACACACACACACACACACACACACACACACACACACACACACACUCUAGAGCCUUUGCUGCAUCAAGAGGCAGAAGAGGAGAGCGGAGGAUUGUACGGAGGGAAACACAGACUGGGAAUACUCCAGUGGACAGAGCCAAUCCCAGAGAGGGACAGGAUUGUUAGGAGACUCGUGCUAUUAUGCUACUGUGCUCCGCACUGGAAGCUGAGCACCAGGGAGUUUGACAGGAUCUCAGUGCACCUGCUCCAAGCACAUUGAUUAUGUGAAGCAGCUGACGUGUGCGAUGGCCAGCCUGUACCUACAGGUUCUACACACAGCUCUGUGUUAUUGUUACCUCCCAACCAAGCAGCCCAGCCCAAGGAUCUGACCGCACCUCCCCCUCCCUCCCCCUGGGAGUCCCUCAACCCUAGGCCCACCAUGGGAGGAUGCUUCUCCAAACCCAAACCAGUUGAAGUUAAAGUGGAACUGUCUCUCCUGGAAAAAGAAAAAGAGGUGGAUGGGCUGUCACCUAAUGGCAAAGCGAGUCCCUUUGCUGACAGCAGACCUAACGGGGCCCUGGGACACGGCUCUGAUGAUGACUCCACACCGCUCCCCCUCUACCACAAACCACGGGACUAUGUGGAGGCCUCCGUCUGUCAUGUUAAAGAUCUGGAAAACGGACAGAUGCGAGAGGUUGACCUGGGAAGUGGCAGAGCUUUGUUGAUCAAAGAACACGGGGAGUUCUCCGCCAUGGCCCACAAGUGUCCACACUACGGAGCACCUCUGGUCAAAGGUGUGUUGUCAAAAGGACACGUGCGCUGUCCGUGGCACGGUGCUUGCUUCAACAUUGCAACAGGAGACCUCGAGGACUUCCCCGGGCUGGACAGCCUGCCUACCUUCCAGGUCAGAGUUGAAAAGGACAAGGUGAUCAUUCGUGCAAACAAGCAGGCUCUUCAGUCACAGAAAAGGUCAAAGCCCAUGGCCCGAUGCUCAGCAGUUAUUAACUCCAGCAUGGGCUUCAGCCAUGUUCUCAUUAUUGGCUCAGGUCCAGCAGGUCUGGUGUGUGCAGAGACACUGAGGCAAGAGGGCUUCACCGACCGCAUCGUCAUGUGCACCAUGGACAGACAUCCUCCAUAUGACAGGCCUAAACUGAGUAAGUCCUUAGACAGCACAGCAGAGCAGCUGAGAUUGCGCUCCAUGGAAUUCCUGCAGGAUCAUGAUAUUGAACUGCUCACAGAGAAAGAGGCUGUGGCGAUAGAUGUGAAAACACGUUCUGUGACCUUUGAAGAUGGCUUGAGGAUGGAGUACAGGAAACUCUUUAUUGCUACAGGAAGCAAACCCAAACCAAUGAUCUACAAAGGCAAGGACGUCAGGAACGUGUUUCACCUCAGGACGCCCGAGGACGCUAACAGCAUAGCACGGCUGGCAAACAACAAGAACGCUGUGAUUGUGGGAACGUCAUUUGUUGGUAUGGAGGUGGCUGCAGCUCUAACUGACAAGGCCCACUCUGUCUCUGUCAUCGGGAUCGAGACAGUCCCCUUUAAAAAAGCUCUCGGAGAGAAAGUAGGGAAAGCCAUAAUGAAGCUGUUUGAGGUAAACAGGGUGAAGUUCUACAUGCUGAACGAGGUGGCAGAGAUGAUUGGCCAUCAUGGACAGCUAAAAGAGGUGGUACUAAAGAGUGGGAAAGUUCUGCGGGCAGACGCGUGUGUCAUCGGAGCAGGAAGUAUUCCUGCAACAGGCUUCCUGAAACCGAGCGGCAUCCACAUGGACUCCAAGGGCUUCAUCACUGUCAACAAGAUGAUGCAAACAAGUGCUGAAGGGGUCUUUGCUGGAGGAGAUGUGGUGGUGUUUCCUUUCCCACCACGCAACAACAAGAAGGUGAACAUCCCUCACUGGCAAAUGGCUCAUGUACAUGGAAGGGUGGCAGCUCUCAGCAUGAUGGGCAGAGCCGCUGAGAUCCAAACUGUGCCUUACUUCUGGUCAGCCAUGUUUGGGAAGACCAUACGCUAUGCAGGUUAUGGUGAAGGAUUCGAUGAUGUCAUAAUACAAGGAGAUCUGGAUGAACUGAGAUUCGUGGCAUUUUACACUAGGAGUGAGGAGGUGGUUGCUGUUGCUAGCAUGAACUAUGAUCCCAUUGUAUCCCGAGUGGCAGAGGUCUUAGGAUCUGGAAAGACGAUUAAGAAACGAGAUGUGGAGAUGUUAGCACGGCUUGGCAAGACUGGAGACAUUUCCUGGCUGAUUGACAAAGGCUCUCAAUGACUUCACAUCUGAAGGACAGACCCAAAAUCCACUAGACACCUCAAUAUGGACACUUAUGGUGCUGAGACACUGAGCAGCUAUCCCGGUCCACACACACACACACACACACACACACACACACACACACACACACACACACACACACACACACACACACACACACACACACACACACACACACACACACACACACACACACACACACACACACACACACACACACACACACACACACACACACACACACACACACACACACACACACACACGACCGUAUCUGUUGGAGACACAGUGAGGACGACACUGAAACCUGCUUUUGUCCCUGAGAGACACUCUAACGUGACAAACAGAGCCAUACACGUUUUGAAUACACCGAAUCGCUGUGUUGGCAGGUCUUUAUGACAAUGUUGUAACGCUUCACAAACAAAGCAAUUUUGGAUUCUGCCUCUGUGCUGCUGCAAGACGUAUCUACUUGUACACUUUGUUUAUAAGAUGCCAGGGAUGGGUAUUGGCAUUUUUUUGUACAAAUAACAUUGUAUAUAGAUAUAAUCCUGAAUGCACUGUAACAAAAUAAGAACAUACAAUUUGAACUGAAUUUUUCUAAGUUUUAAAUAACAGCUUUGGUUGUAUGCUCGCAUACAUGCCUUAGAUCUGCAUGCUAUAAUUUACUAUAAUAGGAGUUAAAAAUAAGUCCCUAAACAGAGAGUUUUCAGUCUAGAUGCAUCAGCAAACAAAGUUUUUAAAUGCUAAAAACAAACUGCAAGAACCGUGAAUGCGGCUUUAACAGACUCACUAACACACACUUGCAGUUUUAAUUCGUAAUAAAUGACAAUUUCUAGAAUUACAAAAUAUUUGUAUUGGUUGCCAUGCUGCUGUAGUAGAUUGCACAAAUAAAAUUCAAAUUAUACUUUGAUCAACCACUAGUGCUUGCACGAUAGAAUCAUGAAUUUUCUAAAGAAUAUCACCCCUUUAGACAAAUCCAGUAGUAGUUUAAGGUAGCAAGUAGAAGUAGUUUCGAUAGCGGUCACCUCCAUUGGGAUAUUCUUUGUUACUAACUCAGGGAACUGAGGGUUGUCGCCUGGGCUUACAGGCAAAAUAAGCAAAAAUGAAUUUGUGCUUUAAUAUUUUUUUCCCAGUUAUUGUAAUUUCACCGCUUCUCUCAUGUUCAUUCAGAACGGCUUGGAAUGGUUGUAACAUGGAUGCUUGAUUACAUCCUGGCGUGCUGAUCCCUGACACAUGAGUCAACUCAGCGGUUUAAAAAGCAUCUUUCUUCCUACAGAGAAGCCUGGAAGGGCAUUUUUAUAACUGAACUUUGAAAUAAAAGUCUUCCAACAACAGGUA